AUGACUUCGGUGGAUUUUAAUAACGUUGUGUUACCGGGCAAUGACGUCUCUCAUAUAGUUCUUAAAGGAGACAACUGUAAAAGAAGUGAAAAAACUAUUGGUCCUGGAUUGAAGAGUGUCGACAACAAAAUAAUCGUAUGCAACGGUGGUGUACUGAGGUGUAAAGAUGACAAAUACUUUUGGAUAGAAUAUUUUAAAAAAAAAUACAUACCAGCUAAGGAUGAUGUUGUAGUGGGAAUAGUGGCCGCUAAAACAUCCGAAAUGUAUAAAGUUGAUAUCGGAGCUUCUGAACUUGCUACUCUUCCAUACUUAGCGUUUACAAAUGCUACAAAAAAAAAAUAG